AUGGUGAUUUUUGGCUCCCUCCUCGGCCUAUGCCUUGUGCUUGUCUACUCCUCGUUUCACAGCAAAGCCAUCGCAGCAAACAAAUCCUGGGCCAUGGUCGAAGAAUACCGUCGUCUGCCACUUGCAUGCGUCGGGGCCGUUUCAAUUGUAAUCGCGCUUUUCUGGCUCGGCUGGAGUUCGUAUCGCAAAAUCCACCCAGCUCUACCCAUGAUGGCUGGGAUCUUCUUUGGUUUCGGCUAUUUUCUGGUCUUCGCCGCCAUGCUGAACUACCUGACGGAUGCUUAUAAGGAAGCCUCGGCAUCCGCGCAGGCGGCCGCGAGUGCGACUAGGGCUAUAAUGGCGGUGGUUCUGCCUUUCGCCGCGACCCCAAUGUACACUCACUUGGGCAUCCAAUGGGCCAGCUCACUUCUGGGGUUUUUGGCUUUUGCUCUGGCAGGGAUACCAUUUGCCUUUAAUCAAUACGGGUCGCGGCUGAGGCAGAGCAGUGGUCUUGCGGUGGGAGAGUAA